AUGGUGUUCUUCAUUUUAAAAGUUCUUUUCUUUUGUCUCCACAUCCUACUUCUUUCUUUCUUUCUUUCCAUUUUCUUUCUUUCCAUUUUCUUUCUUUCCAUUUUCUUUCUUUCUAUUUUUCUUUUUCUUUUUUCUUUCUUUUCUUUUAUUGUUUUCUUUGAGUUUACUCUCUUUCUUUCUUUCUUUCUUUCCAUUUUCUUUCUAUUUUUUCUUUUUCUUUUUUCUUUCUUUCCAUUUUCUUUCUUUCCAUUUUCUUUCUUUCCAUUUUCUUUCUUUCCAUUUUCUUUCUUUCCAUUUUCUUUUUCUUUUUUCUUUCUUUUCUUUUAUUUUUCUCUUUCUUUUUCUUUCUUUCCAUUUUCUUUCCAUUUUUCUUUCUUUUUCUUUCUUUUUUUUUUCUUUCUUUCCAUUUUCUUUCUUUUCCAUUUUCUUUCUUUCCAUUUUCUUUUCUUUUCCAUUUUUUUUCUAUUUUUUCUUUUUCUUUUUUUCUUUUUUUUUAUUGUUUUCUUUGAGUUUACUCUCUUUCUUUCUUUCCAUUUUUUUUCUAUUUUUUUUUUUUUUUUUCUUUUUUUUUCUUUCUUUCCAUUUUCAUUUUCUUUCCAUUUUCUUUCUUUCCAUUUUCUUUCUUUCCAUUUUUUUCUUUUCUAUUUUUUCUUUUUCUUUUUUCUUUCUUUUCUUUUAUUGUUUUCUUUGAGUUUACUCUCUUUCUUUCUUUCUUUCUUUCCAUUUUAUUUCUAUUUUUUCUUUUUCUUUUUUCUUUCUUUUCUUUUAUUGUUUUCUUUGAGUUUACUCUCUUUCUUUCUUUCCAUUUUCUUUCGAUUUUUUCUUUUUCUUUUUUCUUUCUUUCCAUUUUCUUUCUUUCCAUUUUCUUUCUUUCCAUUUUCUUUCUUUCCAUUUUCUUUCUAUUUUUUCUUUUUCUUUUUUCUUUCUUUUCUUUUAUUGUUUUCUUUGAGUUUACUCUCUUUUUCUUUCUUUCUUUCUUUCCAUUUUUCUUUCUAUUUUUUCUUUUUUUUUUUCUUUCUUUUCUUUUUAUUUCUUUUUUCUUUGAUUUACUCUCUUUCUUUCUUUCUUUCUUUCUUUCCAUUUUCUUUCUAUUUUUUCUUUUUCUUUUUUCUUUCUUUUCUUUUAUUGUUUUCUUUGAGUUUACUCUCUUUCUUUCUUUCUUUCUUUCCAUUUUCUUUCUAUUUUUUCUUUUUCUUUUUUCUUUCUUUUCUUUUAUUGUUUUCUUUGAGUUUACUCUCUUUCUUUCUUUCUUUCUUUCUUUCCAUUUUCUUUCUAUUUUUUCUUUUUCUUUUUUCUUUCUCUCCAUUUUCUUUUCUUUCCAUUUUCUUUUUCUUUCCAUUUUUUUUCUAUUUUUCUUUUUUUUUUUCUUUCUUUUCUUUUUUGUUUUCUUUUGAGUUUACUCUCUUUCUUUCUUUCUUUCUUUCUUUCCAUUUUCUUUUCGAUUUUUUUUUUUUCUUUUUCUUUUCUUUUCUUUUAUUGUUUUCUUUGAUUUUUCUCUCUUUCUUUCUUUCUUUCUUUCCAUUUUCUUUCUUUUUUUCUUUUCUUUUUUCUUUCUUUUCUUUUAUUGUUUCUUUUGAGUUUACUCUCUUUCUUUCUUUCUUUCUUUCCAUUUUCUUUCUAUUUUUUUUUUUCUUUUCUUUCUUUUCCAUUUUCUUUCUUUCCAUUUUCUUUCUUUUUCCAUUUUCUUUCUUUCCAUUUUUUUCUAUUUUCUUUUUUUUUUUUUUUCUUUUCUUUCUUUUUUACUCUCUUUCUUUCUUUCUUUCUUUCCAUUUUCUUUCUAUUUUUUUUUUUUUUUUUUUUUCCAUUUUCUUUCUUUCCAUUUUCUUUCUUUCCAUUUUUUUUUUUUUUCUUUCUUUUCUUUUAUUGUUUUCUUUUGAGUUUCUCUCUUUCUUUCUUUCUUUCUUUCCAUUUUCUUUCUAUUUUUCUUUUCUUUUUCUUUCUUUUCUUUUAUUGUUUUCUUUGAGUUUACUCUCUUUCUUUCUUUCUUUCUUUCCAUUUUCUUUCUAUUUUUUCUUUUUCUUUUUUCUUUCUUUCCAUUUUCUUUCUUUCCAUUUUCUUUCUUUCCAUUUUCUUUCUUUCCAUUUUCUUUUUCUUUGUUCUUUCUUUUCUUUUAUAGUUUUCUUUGAGUUUACUCUCUUUCUUUCUUUCUUUCUUUUCAUUUUCUUUCUAUUUUUUCUUUUUCUUUUUUCUUUCUUUUCUUUUAUUGUUUUCUUUGAGUUUACUCUCUUUCUUUCUUUCUUUCUUUCUUUCCAUUUUCUUUCUAUUUUUUCUUUUUCUUUUUUCUUUCUUUCCAUUUUCUUUCUUUCCAUUUUCUUUCUUUCCAUUUUCUUUCUAUUUUUUCUUUUUCUUUUUUCUUUCUUUUCUUUUAUUGUUUUCUUUGAGUUUACUCUCUUUCUUUCUUUCUUUCUUUCCAUUUUCUUUCUAUUUUUUCUUUUUCUUUUUUCUUUCUUUUCUUUUAUUGUUUUCUUUGAGUUUACUCUCUUUCUUUCUUUCUUUCUUUCCAUUUUCUUUCUAUUUUCUUUUCUUUUUUUUUCUUUUCUUUUUAUUUUUUUCUUUGGGUUUACUCUCUUUCUUUCUUUCUUUCCAUUUUCUUUCUAUUUUCUUUUUUUUUUUCUUUCUUUUCUUUUAUUUUUUUCUUUGGGUUUUCUUUUCUUUUUUUCUUUCUUUCCAUUUUCUUUCUAUUUUUCUUUUUUCUUUUUCUUUCUUUCCAUUUUCUUUUUUCCAUUUCUUUCUUUCCAUUUUCUUUCUAUUUUUUUUUUUUCUUUUUUUUCUUUCUUUUCUUUUAUUGUUUUCUUUGAGUUUACUCUCUUUCUUUCUUUCUUUCUUUCCAUUUUCUUUCUAUUUUUUCUUUUUCUUUUUUCUUUCUUUUCUUUUAUUGUUUUCUUUGAGUUUACUCUGUUUCUUUCUUUCUUUCUUUCCAUUUUCUUUCUAUUUUUUCUUUUUCUUUUUUCUUUCUUUUAUUGUUACUCUCUUUCUUCUUUCUUUCUUUCUUUCUUUCUAUUUUUUCUUUUUUCUUUCUUUUGUUUUAUUGUUUUUUUAGGUAACUCUCAUUCUUUCUUUCUUUCUUUCCAUUUUCUUUCUUUCUAUUUUUUCUUUUUCUUUUUUCUUUCUUUUCUUUUAUUGUUUUCUUUGAGGUUACUCUCUUUUUCUUUCUUUCUUUCUUUACAUUUUCUUUCUUUACAUUUUCUUUCUUUUUUCCUUUUUCUUUCUUUCAAUUUUCUUUCUAUUUUCUUUCUUUUCUUCUAUUCUGAAUUGGAAGCAGUUAAGUGUACAAUAACUGUUCAUUCGACUGAUAAUCGUCAAAGUAAGCGACUCGUUUUUUAUGUCUGUCCAUAUCUGAUUUGCGCUAACCGUAAAAACGUUCAUUCUUUUUGUAUUUGUUACCCUUCUGAACGCCUCGAUUUUGUCGGAUUAAGAUUGAAACGCCAAUUUUCUUUCUUCAUGCAUGGACAGACAGAAAACAGAAAUAAAAUGUCCAUAUUUUGCUCUUCAUUCGUAAAGAUAUGA